AUGCUUCGGGUCUGGGGGGUAUUGUACGGGAAGCUGCAGCAGGGCGUUGUGGAAAACAAGCAGAUAUUGGCCAUUGCGUCCAUGCGUGCAGAUGCAGAAGAGCAGUAUGGUCUCCGCAUGGGAGAGAUUGCCCCGAGCGUGGACAGGUUGACUCCGGCGGGAUUCGGCAAGGAUGACGGUGCCAGUGUCAGAAAGGCAUACGAAGGAAUCCGUACCGAGAUGGUUGAGGCCUCCAAGAACCACCAAAAGAUUGCCAACAAUAUCCGUGAAUUGGUUGUAUCGCCCUUCCGGCGAUGGGGCGAGCAGCACGAUAUGCGUGUUCAGUAUUCGCACGACCUCCUCCAAUCCCGCAUCAAGGAACACACCAAGCAGGCGGAUGUCGUGUCGUUGAGGACCUGGAAGAAGAGAACAAACUUGCUUUCCAAGACCCUGAGUCGAGCCCCAAGAUCAAAGCUCCCCCCGAAGAUCGUUCUCCCCACCGAGGAAGAGCCAGAGGAAGACCCCGUCGAGUUGGGUGAGCGGAUAUUCCCGCCAGACCACCUCAAAAAGCUCCUCACCCAUAUGCUUGAUAACAUCAAGCUUGGCGAGGCGAAGGUCCCCAUUAUCGGUACCUAUCAGAAUGUUUCCACUGGCGCGGAUAUCGCGCAAUAUAUCCAAACUUACAUGGAGGCUGAUAAUCUCGCUCAAGUGGAGAUAAUUGGUCAGGAUAUGGUAGACAAUGGUCUUCUUCGCUUGGUUGGAAAUAUGGGCAAUGUGUUUGCCAAUAGCUCCAAGAUGAACUAUCAGUGGCGUCCCAAAGUUUUCCAAAUCACCGGUAUCCCGGAAAAAAAGAAGCCUCUCAUGCGUGUCACCUCAGCGGCAUCAAGCGAGGACGGCAGCGGCAGCGACUCGCCUAUUGCAUCUGUCUCUGAAAUGCUAUCUGGCUGGAAUCCUCUCAACAACCCUUACCCGAACGAGACACCUUCAGAGAAACUCCGGAGGGAGGCUUUGGAAGCGGAUGAACGGUACAAAGUUGCUGUUCGUAAGCUUGACCAGAUCCGCUGCCGUCUGGAGGAAGAAGUCAUUGGCCAGCUCAAAUACAUGGAGCAGUGCGAGCUGGACCGCCUCAAGGCCAUCAAAGCGGUGGUUCUUGAUUUCUCGGGCGCGAUCAGCAAUGUCAUUCCCAACCUGCAGAGCACAGUGGAUCAUAUGAUGUUAUAUCAGGAAACAAUUCAGCCCCUCGGUGACUUGAGAUAUCUGCUGGAGAACUACCAACAAAACUUCGGUGUCGACCUCGAAGCUAGAGCCCGUGCCGACCGCAAACGUGUUCCGAUCCUGGUGACCACUAUUCUGACAUACCUAGAUAAUCGCUACCCUGAACUUGAAGGCGAUGAAACGCGGCGAAUGAUCUGGCUAAUCGAAGUUGAUCUAAGCACGACGCACAAGCUUCGUCAAGCUCUGAACAACAGCAAGGCUGAUUAUGCCGAAGUGUUGCCUCAGUUCGAAAUCCCAGUUAUUGCGAGCGUUUUAAGAUUGUACCUUCUCGAAUUGCCAGACUCAUUGGUUUCCUCGCAAGUUUACGAGAUCGUGAAGACGAUUUAUUCUACCACUGCUCAUGAGACCACCGAAGAAGGACGGAUCAAGGUUCUGCAAAGCACCCUUGGACAACUCCGCCUUGUCAAUAUCGCUACGCUUGAUGCCAUUAUGACUCACUUCACGCGCCUGAUUGAUUUGACCUCGGCCGACGAAGAAUACAUUGCUCUGCUGGCACAGGCCUUUUCCCUUGUAUUCUCUCCCUAUCGCUUGAUCCGCGAUCUGUUUGCUCAUAAGGACUCUAUCUUUGGCGAACUUAAGCGCCAAUCGAGCGCGCUCGGAAUUACCAGCUCCAGCUCCAACCGUCCACGCGCCAUUAGCACGGAUGAGAGUAACCGCCGCGCGGCGAUGGAGGCCCGCCAACGCGCCAUUGUCAACCGCAGCCGGGCAACCAGUCCCGCCAAUCGCCAACGGCAUCGACGUGACCGCUCGAGCGGUGCUUCGGAGAUUGGCCGGUUCCCGAUCAACGUUAACAGCCCUUCAGACCGCAGAUCCACCCGUGGUACUAGUCUGGAUGUACCAGCCAGCAAGCCUCCCCAGGCCGGAUCUGAGGAUGCUCCUACUGUGAACACCCAAGUUGCUGAGACUGUUGGCAAUGUUACUAAUGGCACGUAUACUGAGUCCCCGGCCUCGGCUGCUGCCAGCGCCAGCACCCACUCGAGCUCCCCUAGUCCCCCUCCUGUUCCUCUUCCAGAAACUGCAUCCGAUGGCUCACCAACUCCUACGCCUACUCCGGCUGCAGCGUCCGCUGAAUUCGAGAAGCGGAGUUCUAUGUCCCGCUCUUCUGGCGCUCGGUCCAGUCGUAAGCCAGGCCUUGGUAGCUUGUCGAGCUUCCCCACUGGCUCGGCUGUUGGUGCCAGUACUGGCACUGACAGCAACCGAAGCAGCAUCGCUGAAAGUGAACCCAACAGAGUCACUCUGGAAGACAAGCCUAUGGAUGACUAG